AUGAACUCCCAGUGCCUGCAGGUUGACGAAUAUGAGCUAUCAAGAGGCAGCACGCAAACAUCAGAUGACUACGAAUCCCCUCUUUUCGACGAUGACUAUGAGUACGGCCAUGACCACUUCCGAUAUCCUCUCCUCACUGGCCAGGUGGUGCCAGUAAAUGCCAAAGGGGCACUCGCUUCGCGCUUCGCGUCCAUCACCCCCGCAUGGCUGCGACACCAACGACCCAGGGCAAGAUGUCUUGCACCCUGCCGCAUCUGCCUACCCAGGUCGUUCCUUCGGACGUUCGCUCUGUUAGCCUAUACCAUUUGCACAACUAUCCUCGUCAUUAUCAUCGCCGGGGGCGUCUUCUUUCCGGGUUAUACUCACCUGCCACCACAUUAUGAAGAUUUGCGACAGGCGGUACGGGCUUCUCACGACGCUGGCCGUGCCAACUUGCGCCAUCAGAAAGUGUUCAUUGCGGCGAGCAUAUAUGACAAGGGUGGAAAAUUAUGCGGCGGCGUCUGGGCAGAGAAUGUGCUGGAUCUGAUACAGCUGCUAGGACCGGAGAAUGCGUUCUUGUCGAUUUACGUGAAUGACUCGGGCCCAGAGGCGAGGGAGGCGCUGGCAGACCUACAACGGCGGGUGCCGUGUGAUCACGCUCUUGUUUUUGAGGAUCACAUUCGUUUUGACGACCUUCUUCACAUCACAAUGCCAGAUGGUUCUGAGCGCGUCAAGCGGAUUGAAUACUUGGCCGAGGUUCGCAAUCGCGCCCUCAAGCCCCUCGAAAACUCAACAACGAUCUUUGACAAGCUUCUCUACCUGAACGAUGUUGUCUUCCAUCCUAUCGAUGCGGCCCAGUUGCUGUUCUCGACGCACACAGGGGCGGAUGGCAGGACCGACUACCGGGCUGCCUGUGCAGUGGAUUUUAUCAACCCUUUCAAGUUUUACGAUACGUUUGCAACCCGGGAUAUCGAGGGAUACAGUAUGGGCUUGCCAUUUUUCCCUUGGUUCUCGGCAAACGGUGACGAACAGACCCACCAAGAUGUUCUCGACGGCAAGGACGCUGUAAGAGUCAGGAGCUGCUGGGGUGGCAUGGUAGCCUUCGACGCCCGAUUCUUCCAGACCAGAAACGACGGACUGGACGACUUGAUUACGGCAGGCAAUCAAAGCCCCAGUAACCUUUCUGUUCCUUAUCGAUUCCGCUCGGAGAAGGACUUCAGCUGGGAUGCCUCGGAAUGCUGUCUCAUUCAAGCAGACAUUCAAAGCCCUGAGCCUGGCCAGUCAGGCAUCUACAUGAACCCUUUUGUCCGGGUCGCUUACGAUGCUAAAACCCUCUCCUGGCUUGGAUUUACACGUCGAUUUGAGCGUCUGUACACGCCAAUUCAUUUCCUGCUGGACGUCAUGACCAACGCGCCUGGCCACAAUCCACGCAGGCAAGAAGAACCGUGGCAAGAAGUGGUAGAAACUAUCUGGAUUCCGGAUCAGGCUUCCGAGCAGGGAGGAUCUUUCCGAGAGGUGACUAGGAUUGCUACCCAUGCGGGCUUUUGUGGCCGCCUGGGCUUGACGGUCAUGAAGGAAAACAUUACUGAAGGAGAGAGAAAUUGGGAAUCCAUCCCAGUGCCUCAAUCAUGA